AUGAUCGCCUAUACUUUGUUUGUGGUAGUUGUGUUGUGGAUUAUAAUGUACAGAUAUCGAAGGAGAAGAAUGUAUAAGCUGGCUUCGGUCAUUCCUGCGCCGAGUGGCGAGUUGCCCGUUAUAGGAAUAGCGAGUCAAUUGACGGGUAAUACAGAAGAUAUAAUGUUCUCAUUACAAAGAUUCAGCUACUCAGCUAUGGAAAACGACGGCAUAAGCAAAUGCUGGUUGAAUCACCUUCUUUACUUCGUAAUAUGCAAUCCUGUCGAUUUAGAGAUGAUACUGAAAAACAGCCUUGAAAAAGAUGACGUACAUAGAUUUUUGCAAAAGAUCAUCGGUUUUGGCGGUAUUUUUGCACCAGUUUCGAUAUGGAGACGGCGCAGAAAGAUCAUGAUUCCAGCUUUUACCCCAAAAAUAAUAGAAAAUUUUUUUGAAGUUUUUUCGGAACAUAGCGCGAAUCUUUUAGAAAAAUUGUCAAAAAAAGCUGGAAUAGGUUAUUUCAGUAUUUAUCCAUUUUUAAGUGCUUAUACUUUGGAUUCAGUUUGUGAAACAGCAAUGGGGGUUAAAAUUAAUGCGCAGAACGAUUCGAAUACACCGUUUCUGACGUCACUAAAUUUACUUAUGGACAUUGUAUGUAAAAGAACUUGUCAUUUAUGGUUACAACCUGACUGGCUGUUUAAAUUAUUUCCACAAUAUUCAAAACAUGAGGCGGGAAUCAAAAUCUUACACGAUUUUACAGAUGAUGUAAUACAAAAGAAACGAGCCGAAUUAAAGAAAGACAAAAACCUUCAGCCGAAAGCCGUUGUCCAUUACAAUUUAGAGGAUUAUCAAAGGAAGAAUUUACUUGACCUAUUAAUAUAUCUCUCUGGAAGUGAAAAAGGAUACACAGAUCUUGAACUACGUGAGGAAAUUCUGACUUUGACUAUUGCUGGCACAGAUACCACUGCCGCUUGUUUAGGAUUCACCUUACAGUUGCUGGCUAGGUAUCCAGAAAUACAAGAAAAAGUAUAUGAAGAGCUAUCUGAUGUUUUAGACCCAAAACGGCCAAUUGUUAAAGAUGAUUUACAAAAAUUAAAAUAUUUAGAGAGAGUCAUUAAAGAAUCUCUAAGGCUCUUUCCUCCCGUACCUUUUGUCGUUCGAAAAAUAGAGACUGACAUUGCGUUACCGUCUGGGCGAGUAUUGCCCGGUGGUUCAGGUAUAUUGGUGUCUAUUUGGGGAUGUCACCGUGAUCCAAAGUACUGGGGUCCGGAUGCCGAACACUUUGAUCCGGACAGGUUCCUUCCAGAGCGUCUGAAUUUGAAACAUGCCUGUUCUUUUAUGCCAUUCAGUAAUGGGCCAAGAAACUGUGUCGCUACCCAAUUCGCUUACACGUCGAUCAAGACGUCACUAUCGACCCUACUUCGUAAUUAUAAAGUCAUCGGAGCACCAGAGAAAGGUCCGAUACCUCAAAUCAAAGUGAAACUGAACCUUAUGCUGAAGGCUGUUGACGACUACCAAGUUUCUUUGGAAAAGAGAAAAAUUUGA